GCCGCAAUUGGUGUAUGCUUCCCACCACGAAUCUCGAGUUAUUGCCCUGCCCCUCCUCAAAUGAUCGUCGGCUACCAUUCCUGGCUUCCCCUCCGUUCAAUCACAGGCCCAUCGCGUGGUGGCCCUUGCCAAUAGCCGGCCACCAUGCCGAAGUGGGAUAAAACACGGAAUUACUAUGCGGACCUCGAGCUGCAGCCCUCGGCGUCGCCCGAUGAGAUCAAGAAGCAGUUCAAAAAACUAGCUUUGAAGUACCAUCCCGACCGCAACCCGGGCAGGGAAGCCGAAGUCAAUCCCAAAUUUCAAAUCAUCCAGUCGGCCCACGAGAUUCUGACUGAUGAUACGCUGAAAAAGCAAUACGAUGAAGCACGCCGCACAUAUUCAUCUCGCUACCCCGGUUCCUCGGGGGUGAAAGGUAACCCGUGGCAAGAUGCUGCGAAAGCCUACCCACCUCCUCCACGACGCCAGCCCAACCCCCAAACCCGUCCAACCUCAGGGGCUCAACGUUAUGAGAACUUUGCUAGCGGCAUGCCGCGUAAUGCGCGACCACGCACUCCGAAAGAUGACCCCCAGUUCCGACGAAGCAACGCAGAAGCAUGGGACCAUAUCCGACCUAAUGCUUCGCGUAGGAAUACCCAGACACGGCCCACUACUCCCGGGAGAGCUCCUCCAGGAAGGGCUCCUACGUCGGCAACGCGCGAAUCGAGGCCGGCACCAACUCCGCCUCCAAGGACAGCAUAUCAGAAACAGAAACAAGAGGCGGCGUUCGGCACAGGUAAAAAAACUGGCUUUACCCCGAGAUCUAGUGUAGCAGACGAGCCACCUGUUACCAACAAGAAUUACUAUACCAACCGUACCCACUCGAAUUUGUUCACUGAGCCGGAGUCUAUCCCUGAAACCGCUACUCACAAUGCCGGUGCCUCGGCCGCUGCGGAUCCAUUCGCUUACUUGAGAGAUCAUUUUGUGGAUAACCGCCAAAGAACGCCGUAUCACACCCCCGGCGGCGAGAGGACGAGCCUCUUUGACAGUAGCCCGGGUCUAGGGCGCUCGACAAGCACCCGUACCCCGCCUCGGCCCUUCGAGAUGCCAGGCUCGUUUCCACGCCCAAGACCGCGAAGUGCCAGCCCUGCCAGAGGGUCCAGUAAUGAUGGCGGCUCUGAAGAUUCAGCUAAAGAAAACAUCAAUGUUAACGGAGUUUCUAGUCGAAAUGCUGCGACUGCUCAGCCGAAAGCUAGUGGACCACAGCCGGCUACCGCUUCCUAUAGACCUUCGCCUAAUUCAACCACAGCUUCAAGUCAGCCCAACGGCAAUGGCUCGUCAGUGUAUGCGUCACAAAAUCUUCUGAACCGUCUCCAGGCACAAUUCACUACAGCUACCACUGCCCCUCGACCAAGUCGGUCAUCCCAUGAACAUUAUGGCCGAAAAAGUGAUCGGUUAUCAUAUUAUGCAGGUUACCAGCUGUCAAAUCCUUCAAGCGAUGGAAAUAGGUCCCACAAUCUCAAGACUUUAUAUCCCAUCGAAAGGAAUCAAAGGGAAACUCUCAAUCAUUUGGUCAAGAAAUAUUCCUUAAAUGGCGAAAAAGGAGAUAAGAGUGAUGGGCAAGUGAUGGACGGCAGACCUCAGCAACCCUUGCACAAACUCAAAAACAACCAUAAAAAGGCCGACGCUAACAGUGCUUCUUUUAGCUUCGGCUUUCGCGAUGGGCCCAAUGUGGCUAAUACCAAUGCUACUUACAAUACCUUUACAAGAAACAGCACUGAAAAUAUCAACACAAGGUUUGUAGACGAUGAGAUGGUCGAUGACUGGCAGUUUAAGGCAGGUUCUGCUUCUGCCAAUGAGGCAACGACGCCUUCAAAACCACGACCACAGUCCAGGAACCGUCCCAUUCGUCGGCCAACACCCUUGUCAAAACCUUCCCUUCCAACGCGCGCACCCCAAGCGCAGGAAGCACCAGGUGAUACAGCAGCUGGUGCGAAUGGAUUUUCAGCGGGGGUUUGGAAUGAAAAGAUAGGAUCUCAGCAUUUCGAGCCACAGUCUACGAAUAGCACGUCUACAUCUCCUACUAGGCGUACCAAUUCGAGAAGGUCCAAGUCGUUCAAAAUGACAGCAGGGACGGCGGCAGUGGUGGAUGAAGAGAGUGAAUCACCUAGCGAUGAUCCCGGCCCACCAUUCACGGUACCAGAUGCUAUGGAUAUUGACACUCCACCAACCGAGAAGGCAAAAGAGGCACCUAAAGCUGCUCAGGCCAACAGCGCUCGGCCGUAUUUCACCGAACCCCACCGGCCGGAUUGGAGAGCAGGUGAUAUCAAUGGUGUUGCUUCAAAGACAUCUGGUCUAGCCUCAAGCACCGACGGCGCAAAAGAUGAUUCUUCUGAGAUUAACGGGCCUCAGCCGGUAGUCAGCGCUGCAGACCAUGUUCCAUCGAAGCAUGUAGGCUCCGAGGAUUCCGAAGAGUUUCGCACGACUUUCUCGGAUUUUCGAAAGGUUGAACCCUUUAUGGAUCCAUCACCCAGUGGACUUGGUUCAUUUGCAGACCUGAAGUCAACUCUUCCCUUCAAGAGCCAGCCGUCGGAACAAAUUCCUCUGGACACCAACCCUGCUGAUGGGCCCUUGGAAUUCCCUCCUCCGCCUGUGGCUCCUCGACUUCCACCUACGAUGGGAGUGGCCGGUCUGCGACCGAAUAAUUCAUCAUUUAGAAAAUAUGCACAGGACUUCAACAACUACAUGGACAGGUGGGAUUCGUUCAAUAACAAGGUCAUUACUCAUUUUUCUACUCGGCAAGAAGAGUUCAAGUCACGCCGCUUACGGCGUGGCGCCAAUUGGCUUGAAGAUGGGGCGCGUGACUAUCUUACGGAAGUGGACCAAGAUCUAGAUGUUCAAAAGAAGUACUUUGACGCUUGUACGGAACACCGUAAAAGAGUUGCCGAAUAUAUGGACUUUAGAGAUCGGGUCCGAUAGGACGGUCCUCUCACCACGCCAUAUCCUAAUAUUGACGGUGCAUACGAAGUGCCUUUCAGCCACAACGUACAAGCUUCCGCCAUUGCUAACUCGAUGAGUCGACUGAGGAUACGCACAACCUCAGCACGGGAGCCAAAAGACCUGGAUAGCAUUCGCCUUCCAAGGCCACUUUCGAAGCCGCCUUCUGUGCAUUUUGCCCCGAGAUCCUCAGUACACAAACACCAUGAUCAAUGAAUAUUAUGCUCCUAUUUGCUUUAAGGAGUAGUGUAGCUAAUAUGCUGCUACACCUACAUAGGCAGCAGUUCUAUGGUGUCGCAUUUCCGGGUUUGACCAUCUCAUUGGCUUGAUCAGUUGUUCGAUGGAUGGAUAGAAAACACGG